AGAAGAGAAAAAAAAAAGAAAAACCCGGCGCCCUGCUCUCUCCCCGGUUACCGAAUAUGACACACUGUCUGCUGGUAUAAAAGAGCCAGGGCCACUCCUAUCAGGGCUCCACUUGUAUGUCUGGAGACCACUCCGGUGCUCUGCGGCGAAUAAAGGGAGGAGGCUGCUGUCAGAGACACAGAGGGAGCGAGAGGAGAGGAUGGCCACACUCGUCGAAUCCGCAGAUAUGGAGACUCUGGGCGGCCAGAGCGUCACCGGCACAUCCCCCACAGCCCCCGGCGCCUCGCCGCACUUCAACGACGGCAAAUUUUACCUGCUGGUGGUGAUCGGGGAGAUCGUGACGGAGGACCAUCUCAAGUGUGCCAUUGCGGACAUAGAGAGAGGGAUCCGCUCAUGGGACACCAACCUCAUUGACUGCAACCUGGACCAGGAACUCAAACUAUUUGUCUCUCGACACUCCGCUCGGUUCUCUGCAGACGUCAAAGGGCAGAGAAUUCUUCACCAUAAAAGUAAUGUCCUGGAAACGGUGGUACUUAUCAACCCGUCUGAUGAAGCAGUCAGUACUGAGGCUCGUUUGAUGGUCUCAGACACCUCCAGACACAAGCUUCUGGUUCUCUCAGGGCAAUGCUCUGAAAAGACUGGAGAGCUGAUUCUUCAGUCUGGAUCGUUCUCUUUCUUCAAUUUCAUUGACAUAUUCACAGACCAAGAGAUUGGUGAAUUGCUCAGCACCAUUCACCCAGCAAACAAAGCUUAUCUUACACUCUUCUGCCCUGAACAAGGCGACUGGAAAAACUCCAACUUGGACAAACACAACCUGCAGGACUUCAUUAACAUGAAACUGAACUCCACUCUCAUACUCCCUGAAAUGGAGGGCCUCUCAGAAUUCACUGAGUAUUUAUCUGAAUCAGUAGAGAUCCCAUCUCCUUUUGACGUAUUAGAACCACCAACCUCAGGUGGAUUCCUUAAACUCUCCAAACCAUGCUGUUACAUUUUCCCCGGUGGUCAUGGUGACUCUGCUCUCUUUGCUGUGAAUGGCUUCAACAUGCUCAUUAACGGUGGCUCGGACAGGAAGUCAUGCUUCUGGAAGCUGGUGAGACAUCUGGACCGGGUUGACUCCAUCCUCCUGACCCACAUCGGUGACGACAACCUCCCAGGCAUCAAUAGCAUGCUGCAGAGGAAGAUUGCAGAGGCUGAGGAGGAACAGUCACAGGGUUCAACAGCUAACAGUGACUGGGUGAAGAACAUGAUUUCUCCAGAUAUUGGUGUUGUGUUUGUGAAUCUUCCUGAAAACCUGGAUAACCCCGAACCUAAUUACAGAAUGCGGAGGAAUGUUGAGGAGGCAGGGUUUAUGCAGCAGUUUCUCACCAAGCUACAUUUGAGGACAGAGCCUUUGCAAAGGCCUGUUGGAAACACUAUAGAACCAAUAAUACUUUUUCAGAAAAUGGGCGUUGGAAAGCUUGAGAUGUAUGUGCUAAAUCCAUCAAAGAAUAGCAAGGAGAUGCAGCACUUUAUGAAGCAGUGGACAGGUAGUGAAAAAGACACUGCUUCUAUUUUGCUGCCAAAUGGGAAAGAAUCUCAAUUCCCUGUCUCUUACUUGACAUCUAUUUCUACACUUAUUGUGUGGCAUCCUGCAAAUCCCUCAGAUAAGGUUGUGCGUGUUCUCUUUCCUGGAAAUGCCACCCAGCAUCACAUCUUUGAUGGUUUAGAAAAGCUAAAGCACUUGGACUUCUUGAAGCAGCCAGUUGUCACUCAAAAAGAGAUGUCUUCUAAUAUGCCUUCAACCCCAACACUCAAGCAAGCUAAGAUGAAACACAGAACAGACAGCAAAGAGAGCUUAAAGUCUACUCCAAAGCCAUCACCAAGCAAGAGCUUCAGGAAGGAUUCAAAGGAGGAAGCACCAGAAAAGGUAAAGAGAGACGCCGACUCCACUCAUGAAAAAACACAAAAGAUAGAGAAAAAAGAAAAGGUCCCACUGAAAAAGGAAAAGGCAAAGGCACCUGAGAAAGAAUCAAAAGCAAAGUCAGAGCAAACAGCGCAAAACGAAACUCCUGAAAAGAAGAAGUCUGAAAUAAAACCCAAAGCUGAAAAGGAGAAGACUAUUAAGAAGGAGACCAAAAUGCCUGUGGAAAAGAAAAAGGAGGUUAAAAAAGAAAUAGCUAAGAAAGAUGAUAUUCACAAACAAGAAAGUAAGAAGGAUGAGAAAGUAAAGAAAGAGGAGGCAAAGAAAGUUACAAGAAGGGAUAUCAGAAAAGACUCACCUAUGAAGGAGAAGAAGGAGGAAAAGAAAGAUAUCAAAAGGCCCCUAAAAAAGACAGCUGAAGAAAAAAAUCUAGCACCAAAACCAAAGCCCAUGAAAAAAGAUGAUGCCUCAAAUAAAAAUGCAGGAAUACCUUCAAAGUUAAAAGAGAGAGGAAAGCCAAAGGUUACAAAGAAAGAUGCAAAGGUGGAUGGUGGUAAACUUGCAGCUAGUGCUGCUGCUGUUGCAGAGGUAGAAGUAGAAAGAUCUCUGAUGUCCUCACCAGAGGACCUCACCAAGGACUUUGAGGAGCUCAAAGCUGAAGAGUUGACGGAAGAUGAUGCGACAGUGCAACAAAAUCAGGAAAAAGCGGCUGUGAUGAUCCACAGUGAAGAAAUUAUCCAGACCAAAGAGUCACCCGAGGCCUUAGAGUCUGUGGACGAGGGUAUAACCACAACAGAGGCUGAAGGAGACAGUGGAGUUACCCCAGAUGAACAGGUUUUUAAGGUAAAACUCAACGGAAGUGCAAGUGAGAAGUUUGAAGAUGAGGGUACUGUGAUGGAGGAGACAUCUGAAGGAGCAGAUUAUGAAGAGAAGGGGGAGAUAGAGGAAGUCUAUGAACCACAGAGAUUGGAAUUAGAUAAAGAUAAACUUGCUCUCAGUGACGAUGAACAUCAAGACAAACAUGAUGAUGUCAAACCAGGGGACAGUGUUGAAGAUAAUGAUGAUGUGAUGAAUAAAAAUGUACAGGAACAGCUCAGAAGUGAAAGACAAACAGAGAAACAGCAUCUGUGUGUAUCAGCCUCACCCAAAGUGUCCUCGCCUGUUUCUCCAGCUGCAUCUAUCCAUGAUGAAAUGCUUCCAGUUGGCUUUGAGAGUUCAACAGCCUCAGAUGAUGAGAACCUAGAUGAAGCCCCAGAGGAUUACACUGUCACCUCUGGCUACACUCAGUCCACCAUUGAGAUCUCCAGUGUGCCUACUCCCAUGGAUGAGAUGUUGACUCCCAGGGACAUUAUGAGCGAUGAAAUCACCAAUGAUGAGACUGAAUCUCCUCCACAGGAUGGUGACAGGUUUGCGAACUCAGCGCCUGGAGAGUAUCGGAAGAAGAUUUCUCCACCUCAGGAUUUGCCAGGAUCAGAUCGUUCACAGAGUGACGCCACAGAAGGCCAGGACUACAACCACUCUGCUUCCACAAUAUCUCCACCUUCAUCAAUUGAAGAAGAUAAAUUCUACAAGGACUUAAGCACUGUAGGGAAAGCAGAGCAGUAUGACACAGCUCAAGAAUCAUGUGAGAAGUAUGAUGCAGAUCCACCGAGACUCAGUUCAACCUCUACAACAGCACCUCUUGUUCGUUCUCCCUCAGUGGACCGCAAGGAUAUAUUUGAUUCUCCAUCAAUUUUUGCUGUUCCAAUAGAGCUGUCCACCACAAUGUCAGGGUACACCAGAGCAAUGGCAGAUUCCUCCAUUAGCCCAGAUGACAAGACACUGGAAGGAGCAAACUCGCCUCAGUCCUCUGGUCACACACCUUACUAUCAGUCACCAGUAGACGAAAAAGCAGCAAGUCUACCAACUGUUUCAGAUGACAAAAUGCAGGGUCCAAUUAUUGUGGAGCUCAUAAGUGAUAAAGAGGAUUCCUCCAACAGAGUUACCCCAGAGCCCAAUGAGCCAGAACAAGAACGUUUCUCCCCUGUAGAGAAGGCAAUGUCCUUUCCAAAAACCCCAUCUCCAGCUGAACCUGAUUCCCCAACAAAGAAGGAAAAGUCACCCUUUGAUGUAGAUUAUAAGGAAAUUGGAGAAAACAGCCAUUCAGUCUUGUCCUCAGCACCAAUGAUCAAACAUGAAAUAGACACCAAUCCAUUUACAACUUUCAAAGAAGAGAGUAAAAUGUCGAUUUCAGAGGGCACCACAUCAGACAAGUCAGAAACCCCUCUGGAAGAAGCAGUAGCAGAAGAUACAUUCUCACAUUUAGCGUCAGCAUCAACUGCCUCCCUGGCCACCAGCUCCUUGCCAGAGCCAACCACCGACUCUCCUUCCCUUCAUGCUGAGGUAGGCUCUCCUCAUUCCACAGAAGUAGAUGACUCGCUGUCUGUCUCUGUGGUUCAGACCCCAACCACCUUCCAUGAGGCUGAGGGAUCCCCUUCUAAAGAAGAUAGCCCAAGGCCCAUGUCCAUCUCCCCAGACAUCUCACCAAAGACAAAAAGCAGAACACAGAUGCAGGACACAAAAUCCCCUGAGCACUCUAGCAUGUCAAUAGAGUUUGGCCAGGACUCCCCUGACCACUCCUUAGCACUGGACUUUAGUAAGCAAUCCCCAGAGCACCCAUCUGUGGGAGGCAGCUCACGUGCUACAGAGAAUGGCCCAACUGAGGUUGAUUACAGCCCCUCAGAGGGAACAGAUAUUACACCACCAGGAUAUACUGGUCCUGCAGUGGAGAAGCCUUUGCUUUUUGAAGAGAGUGAUGUCCGUGCCGCUUCUGCAACCCCAUCAGAUGCAUCUCAGUCCACACCCUCUGUUGCAACCCCAUGCCUAAUGACUGAGAUGCCACAUGCCGUGGCUGAACAGACAGAUCAGUCUCCAGUCACACCCAAAGCAUCCUCUCUCACACAGUCUCCUUGUUCCAAUGAGCAGUCUCCAGUACUAGGAGGUCCCUCGGCUAAAGACAAUAAGAGCUCAAUUUCGCCAUCUGUGGAGGGCAUUUCUAAUAAAUCUGACACACUGCAGAAAUACGACAAGUCACCUUCACCUCCCAAAGCCACUUCUCCCUUAUCAUCUUUUGCCUUCUCAAAAGAGGAGACGUUUAUCCCAGAAAAGGAGACAAAUCCCUUUAAAGGUGAGGAUUCUACAGUCAAAGCUAAAUCCCCUGUGAGUUCCAAAGUUCCUUCCCCAUCUUAUCUACCGCUCUCCUCUGACCCGUACAAUUAUAAUUCUGCCUGUGGGUCCAGGGACCCAGACACCACCAAGAGGAGCCCUUGUGCUCCAUCUAAGACAGAUGUUGACCUCUGCCUAGUCACUUCAUGUGAGUACCGUCACCCCAAGACAGAGCUAUCUCCAUCUUUUAUCAACCCUAACCCUCUGGAAUACUUCAUCAAUGAAGAGAACGCCUUGGCUGAGGAGAAGCCUCUUGCCAAGUUAGGAGGAGGUCCCCCACCCCCAGAGGAUAAGCUUUCCACCAAGCAGUGUGAGGAGACCCCACCAACAUCCAUCAGUGAAUCGGCCCCCUCCCAGACAGAUUCAGAUGUUCCACCAGGAACAGAGGAGUGCCCCUCUAUUACAGCAGAUGCUAACAUUGACUCUGAAGAUGAUUCUGAGACUUUACCUACCGACAGAACCCUGACCUACAGGCAUGCCGAUCCUCCUCCAGUGGUUUUCAGGGACUCUGCUCCAUCCUCGGGCCACCAUGAUGUCUGUAUGGUGGACCCAGAGGCCCUCAAGGCUGAAGAAAACCUCCACAAUGCUAACAUAGAUGAAAAGGCCAAGAAGAAAAAACUCACAAAAAAGACCUCAUCACCAGCCAGGAAAAGUGGUCUAUCAAAAGUCAAGGACACAAAGACUGCCUCUCCAAAGAAAACUGUUGGAGAAGGAAAAGAUGCCAAAAAUGCAACAAAUACCUCUGCAUCCCGAGGUGUGAAAAGUGCUACGUCAGGUACUGGCAGUGGAAAAGCAUCAGGUGGGGCAGCUCUGCCCAACUGUCCUCCCAUGUACAUGGAUUUGGUUUACAUCCCCAAUCACUGCAGUGCCAAGAAUGUGGAUGCUGAGUUCUUUAAGCGGGUGCGCUCCUCUUAUUAUGUUGUCAGUGGCAAUGAUCAGACAGCCCAGGAGCCCAGUAGGCCUGUCCUUGAUGCUCUGCUAGAAGGAAAGGCCCAGUGGGGAAGCAAUACACAGGUCACUCUGAUUCCAACCCAUGACACUGAUGUGAUGAGGGAGUGGUACCAGGAGACCCACGACAAGCAGCAGGAGCUGAACAUCAUGGUCCUCGCCAGCAGCAGCACUGUCGUCAUGCAGGAUGAGUCCUUCCCGGCUUGUAAGAUAGAGAUGUAGGCCUGUACCACAAGAGAUCUGUGGAUCAGGCCUAGUGACUGACAAUGAAGUGGAUCAUUAUUUGUAGGAGAAAACAAAUAAAUGUAGCAUAAAACCUAAGCAGACACUUAAACACUUACAGUAUAUGCUUAAGUGAAACUUCUUGUGCCCUAAACCAUGAAAAAUAAAUAUCUGAAAUAAGGAAUAACACUGAUAGAAAUUAGCUUUUGCUCCAUGCAAAGGACAAUGAUUACUAUAAAGUAAUACACCCUUGACAUCCUCAAGGUGUUAUCUGGUCUUUAGGAAUAAAUGGAUUAUACUGGGAGGAAAUAAGAAAGAGAAAAAAACAGCCAUGCCAGGUUUGUCCAUAGUGCUUACUCAAGUACAGCUUAAGUAAUGUUGUUGUUGUUUAUGUUCUGACUUUAUUCUGCAUCCUCAGAUCAAAACGUAUGUGAGCUUUCAAUUAAUUCAACACCUGUUUAUGAACAAACAUCGCUGCAUAUGUUAUAUUCUUAAAUAAUGGCUGUUAUCCACACCAAAGGGUGAAACAGUAUGUUUUCUUUUACUGCCUUAGGGAGUCAAAAUGAAUGUACAAGAACUGGUGUAACUAGCAGAAAAGCAGAAACUCUACAUGACAGGUAAUCCUUAAAGGACUGUUAAAUGGACACAUGGUUCAAUGAUGGUUGAUAUAAAUUAACAGCAUUAAUAUGAUGCCUGACUUCAUAUUGAUCACCAGUGAGAUGUGCGUGAAACUGUUUAUGUUUUGAAGUCUACUGAGUUGUAUUUGAUUUUUUUAUUGGGCUUCGUCUGCCUGGUUUCUUUUUCUGCUAAUGAUGUAUGAAUAUUAAUUUAUUCUUUGAAAUUUAAGUUAAUGUGCGUGAUUGUCCAGAUAGCCUUUUACACUGUGCAACAUACAGUUGCCUCAGAUUGAUCUCUCCCUUAACUUUGUCACAGCUGUAUAAUCCUAUAAUUUUCCACAAUGUUAAGGCUUUGUAGAUGAGAGAGUCUUUUAUUUCAGAGUGGCUGUUUUAUUUGGUGAAAAUCAAAACUUAUUUCUAUUGCGCUUUUUUUAGGUCAUCGUUGCGCUAUGGGGGAGCUAGCCUUUUCCCAAUGUAAAGCUGGUCAAGCAGGAUAUUUUCAUAAACCUCAAAAUGUCUUGUUUUUCUAAAGCAUUGUACUAUAAUUAUAGAUAGCUUUGUGGCCAAAUGGUUGAAAGAGGUGCAUGAGUUAAGAUAUAUUAGGAUUUUUCUCUUCUUUUGAUGUUUUUUUUUCUCAGACUUGCAUUAAGACCAACAGGGCUAUGCCAAAUGUGAGGAGCAUUUUUAUGAUUUUUGCAAGUUUGUGCCAUGACAUUGUAUAGCACAGUAAGUUAAGCAGUUGCCUAUGGCAUUGUAUCACUAUAAAAUUUCAUUCUGGGUGCAGCACAGUUUAGAUUUUCAGGUUAAUGUGAGCAUAAUAGGCGGCUGAAAACUUCUUGGGGCUAUAGAGUUUCUCCUCUGUGGCCAGGAUGUAAGGGCAACAGCUUCCAGUAGAGGCAAAGCCUUGAGAGGGGCAGCACACCGUGAUGAGAGUGAGUGACUUGUGUGUCUUAGAGGAAAGUAUGUAAAACAAAAAACUAGACACUUUAAACACAAACGCGACACAAACCAAACUAACUGUACUGAGGCCAUAGAUCAACUCUGUCUGGCCAGCUUCUGGAUACAUUUUCGACAAAUGGACACAGAAAUGACUACAGGCUUUGGUACUUUGGGUUAUUCAAUCAACUAACCAAACUCACCAGAUAUUUCUGAUAUGAUGUCAUGUGUUUAUAAUACCACUAUAGACUACUCCUCUGCAGGGGGUUGUCAAACCAACAUCAUUCUGUCAAUCAACAGCAAACCAACAAACACUGAACCGACAUUUCUCUUGAACUGACUUUUCUCUUUUCUCAGACUUCUUUCUCUACACUUCCUCUAUUCCUAUCUCUGUCUAUUAAUCUCUGCCUUUUUCUCCCUAUCUUUCUCUUGGGGGAGAACUUUAGUAAUGUUUGUCUGCAGCUGUGUGGUAUAUCUGUCUUGUGAUCAUGCAUCCUCUCCACACUCUUCCCAAACUCCUAUAAACCCUAUGGCAAUUAGUGAGUAUUCCUUAGUGCUUUCUGAUAUUUGUGUGCAAUAUUUCCUCUUCCCAUAUGGCAAAUCUGAUGUAAGACGAGCUACUACUAAAGGACAAACAUUCAAAGACAACCACAAUAAAAUCUGAUGUGAACAAUAA